AUGCUCCGUCGCGCAGGUCUCUUCACCUCGACCGCGGUGUUGUUGGAAAAGACGCACGGCGGACUGAAGAACAAGGACCACAUUUUUGUAAAUUUGUACGAUGACUUCGGCACCGACGUGGCCAGCGCGGAGCGGCAGGGUGACUGGUACUGCACGAAGGACCUGCUGCUGAAGGGGCACGACUGGGUGAUUGCGGAGACGAAGGCAAACGGGCUGUGGGGGCGCGGGGGCGCCAGCUUCCCGUCCGGUCUCAAGUGUUUUUUUUUUUAUGCCAAAGGUGAAGCCGGACGGGCUCCCCAGCUAUACCUCGUUGUAAAUGGCGACGAGUCCGAACCUGGGAUCUGCAAAGACCGUGAGAUCAUGCGGCACAGGCCACACAAGUUCGUGGAGGGCGCCCUCAUUGCCGGAUUUGCGAUGCGGGCGCGCUACGGCUACAUCUACAUCUGCGGCGAGUUCUACAACGUGUGGCGCAGCGUAGAGCGGGCGAUCCAGGAGGCGUACGCCAAGAGGCACCACCUGGGCAGCAAUGCGUGUGGCAGCGGGUACGACUUUGAUCUCUACACCCACCGCGGCGCUGGGGCGUACAUCUGCGGCGAGGAGACGGCGAUGAUCUCGAGCCUCGAGUGCUGCCCUGGGAAGCCGCCGUUCCCAGCCAACGUGGGCCUCUACGGCUGCUCCACGACGGUGACAAACGUGGAGACUGUCUCCGUCGCCCCAACGAUACUCCGCCGCGGGCUGCAGUGGUUCGCGUCUUUUGGGCGCAAAAACAACGCCGGCGUGAAGUUUUUCUGCAUAUACGGUCACGUGAACCGCCCGUGCACGGUGGAGGAGGAGAUGAGCAUGCCGCUGCGCGACCUCAUUGAGCGCCACGCAGGCGGGGUGUGGGGCGGGUGA